GGCGCUGCGCCGAGCGGCGACACAGCGCCCGGGCACUGGGCACGGCUGCUGCGGCGGCGGCGGGGGCGGGACAGCCGCGCGUCCUGCGUCGCAGCGUCCCUUCCCCCUUCCCCCUUUCCGCUUCGGCGCCUGGCGGCGACUCCUUGGCCUAUCGCGGAAACCAUGGGCAUCUAUGGAGAGCUGAGCCCGCAGGGGUGCCAUCUGCUGCCAGGGAUUGCUGAAGCUCUGAAGAGGAAGAGUGACAAAAGCUAAUCAGAGUUCUAACUGAAAAGAUUUUCUCCUGGAAUUUCACUGGCAUCAACAGAUCUGCAGAAGACAUCCAGAUUCAGACAACUACAAACUUGGAGAUCAUCCUGUUUUGUCACAUUUUUUUACAUAUUCUGUGACCCUAAAUACAUAGCUUGUCUUGAAGUGUGCAUCGUGUAAGAUACAGCUGGUGUUCAGCACGGAGAGCCGUACAAGAGUCACUUCAGAUUCCAAGAGCAGCAUAGCCGUUAUUCAUAACAGCAUGUACAAGGAUCAAAGGCACAGGAGGAAAAUGUUUAGUUUUCAAUCAAUGGGUUAUAAUUCCUAAUCACUACAGAAAUGCUGAUGGGUGGACCAAUGCAUUUUUCUCAACUUGUGUACAUCAGUGUUCUGUCUACAGCUUGCUGCAGCUUGGCUGAGAGAUUUUUGAGAGGACCACCUGACAACCUACGAAUGGAAUCUUCCAACUUCCAGCACAUUUUGUCCUGGCAGGCAAAAAGUGAUCCAGCUGUGCCAACGUACUACCGUGUGCUGUACACUGACUACAGUAACUGGAAGACUGCUAAACACUGUUCAAAUAUUACACAGCUCUCCUGUAAUCUCACAGAUGAUUUUAAAGAUAUUUACAGCGAGUAUUCUGCACUGGUUCAGAACUUCCUAGGACCUGAAGUAUUCAAUUCUUCUUCAAUUCGUUUUACACCACUUAGUGACACAUUCCUGGGACCAGCAGAAGUUAAUAUCAGUUCCUGUCUAAACUGCAUAAAUGUCACAAUAAAGCUGCCAACCUCUCACUUCAGAGAAAAUGAAAAACUACUGUCUUUGAUUGAUAUAUAUAACGAUCUUGACUAUGUGAUAACACUGAAAACGUCUGAUGGAGAGCAUAAGAGACCACAGGAGAAAACCACUGAAGAAGUUUUUAGUACUGUCAUUGAAGAAUUGUAUCCAAAUCAAAAUUACUGUGUGUCUGUUACAGUCACUGCAUCUCUAAACAAGCAUUCUAUCCCAUCAGCCUGGAAAUGCGGCAUUGCUGAGUCUGAACCUCCACAAGAUUAUCUUACAGUUGCAAUCACAGCUGCUAUCUGUGUUUUACUGAUGUUAGCUGGUGCCUUGAAAUGUAUGCAUGGAGGAGGUUUUAUUCUUCUUCAAAAAUCACUUCCACGUAGCUUGGUAUGCAUCAAGACAUCAGCCUAUUCAUCUUGGACACUGGAAUCUGAAGAGAUAGCCUCUGUAGAGAUCAUUUACAAAGAGGUUAAAAAAAAGGCAAAUGAAUCCAGUAGUGGUGUCAGAGAUGAGGAUGACAGUGAUGACAGUGACAGUGAUGACAGAAGUAAUCAUGACUAUAAAAGACGUGAUAUCAUAAGUAGAGUACCUCAUUCCCCUGGUGCACCAGGAGUACUUGUGCAGUACUCUACAAACAGUAUAUAUGAUGACAGCAGCAGCCAGGCAAGCGAAAAUCUGAGUGCUGAUCCAGAAGACUUUGAAGAGCAUGAGAUGGACAUUGAAGAAGAUAAAGACGCAAGUAGUGGGUUACUUACCUCUUUCUCUGAUACAGAUUGUCACUAUACUUCUAGGCGAAAUAACAGCACUUGCUUUGCUAUUAACCUAAAAACUGUGCUCUUGGGAACUUCUGAAGAGAACGUGGAUAGUUCUGCAGCUCUUUUUUCGUCUGAAGAAGGUGCAGCUGACUGGCAGUGUACUCAUGGUUUUGAAGCAAAACUGGAUGACACAGAAAGCAUGCAGAAGUCACUCUGUGGUAACAGCUCACAUGAAUGGCAAAAUUCCACUGGGUCUUCUGAUGAGAGUGAAUCUUCAGAUUCAGAUACGAACCAAAAAACUGGAUAUGUAAGAAGAUAAGUGAUUGAGAACCACUAUUAUUUUCUAACAUACAAACCCAUGUUGGCCAACUUUUAUUUCUGGAUUCAACAUACAGAUCUUGUCUUUUUUUUUUUAACAUUCUGCAAAUGUAUGCCCAAACGUUGAAAAUAUGUAACGUUUGUUUUUAACAGAUACUUAUCUCUCCAGAUUGCUCCAGGUGUGGUUCAACUUGAAUUAUCCACAGAGAAACAAAAAUGAGUGGCUGGUCUCUCAGCCAGACCACCUUGUUUUUUUCAUUUUCUUUUUCUAUUCUUUAACUCUGUCGAUGGAUUACUCUGAAACCUGCUUUGCUGGGUGGAUGUAGUCUACUUGGACUUCAGCAAGGCCUUUGACACCAUCUGCCAUAGCAAACUCCUGGCAAAGCUGGCAGCCCAUGGCUUGGACAGAGGCACUCAUGCUGGGUUAAGAACUGGAUGGAUGUCUGGGCACAGAGAGUGGUGGUGAAUGGUGCCACAUACAGUUGGCAAGCAGUCACUAGUGAUGGCGCCCAGGGAUCAGUGCUGGGCCCAGUCCUGUUCAAUAUUUUUAUUGAUGAUCUGGAUGAGGGGAUUGAGUCCACCAUCAGUAAAUUUUCAGACAACACCAAGUUGAGAGCAAGUGUUGAUCUCUUAGAGAGCCGGAGGGCUCUACAGAGAGACCUGGACAGGCUGGAUAGAUGAGCACAGUCCAGUGCCAUGAGUUUUAACAAGUCCAAGAGCUGAGUUCUGCACUUUGGCCACAACCACCCCAUGCAGCACUACAGGCUGAGGACAGAAUGGCUGGAGAGCAGCCAGGCAGAGAGGGACCUGGGGGUAACUGGUUGACAGCUGACUGAACAUGAGCCAGCAGUGUGCCCAGGUGGCCAAGAAGGCCAAUGGCAUCCUGGCCUGUAUCAGGAAUAGUGUGGCCAUCAGGACCAGGGAAUUCAUUCUGCCCCUGUACUCAGCACCGGUUGGGCCACACCUUGAGUGCUGUGUCCAGUUCUGGGCCCCUCAGUUUGAGAAAGAUGUCGAGGUGCUUGAACAUGUUUGGAGAAGGGCAGCAAGGCUGAUGAGGGGGCUGGAGCACAGACCUACAAGGAGCAGCUGAGGGAUCUGGAGUUGUUCAGUCUGGAGAGGAGGAGGCUCAGGGGAGACCUUAUUGCUCUCUACAACUACCUGAAAGGAAGUUGUAGCCAGGUGGGAGUUGGUCUCUUCUGCCAGGCACCCAGUGACAGAACAAGAGGACACAGUCUCAAACUCUGCCAGGGUAGCUUUGGGCUGGAUGUUAGGAAGAAGUUCUUCACAGAAAGAGUGAUUGGCAUUGGAAUAGGCUGCCUGGGGAGGUGGGGGAGUCCCCAUCCCUGGAGGUGUUUAAAAGGAGCCUGGAUGAAGCACUUAGUGCCAUGGUUUAAUUAAUUAGAAAGUGAUAGGUGAUAGGUUGGACUCAAUGAUCUCAAAGGUCUUUUCCAAACUGGUUAAUUCCACGAUUGCUACGUUCAAGUCAGCAAACUGAUAUCUACAUUUGUGCAGAGAGAGCUGUUCAAGUGAAAUAAUGCUUCCAGAAGAGUUCUCCUUACUGGGACUUUUUUUAUGUAAUUUUGUGCAAUUACUGAAUGGUGCAUUUUAGAAAAUAAUUUGGCAUUUAAAAAUUACAGCAGUGUACAGUUUUAUAUAAAAAUACACUUUACCAGU